GUUCCUUUCUUUAAAGAUAAAAGGGGGAGUAAAAAAAUAAGAGGGUUUAAGUUUAGGGUUUGUAACAAGAGAUAUAAACGAGAUGGACUCCGAUUACACGCGUGGUGCCUCCAUCUCUGGCUGUGAUUUUGGAUUCGCUUUCAAUGAUAGUAAAUUCUCUGGACCCUCCGACUGCGCUCCCGACGGUGAGGGUUGCACUAGCUUCACCGAUUGGGCCAGCCGUCGCAAGAGGCGCCUAGAGGAUAUCAAGAAGGAAAAUGAUUACAGCAUGUGUGUUGUUUGGCCUUUUUCUCUAACUCCAUGGCUCGUUUCUUCUCUGGAUGCUCACGCAGCUUCAGGUAUUUUUAGCUUCUGUCAAUUCUAUUUGCAAAGGCUCCACUAAUCUGCCGACAGCUUCUUGAUCAGACAAUGCUUUGUCAUAGAAUAAAAUGAUAUUGAAUAUGGACCUCUCUAAACAUCUGUCCUGCAUACACCCUUCCCACUUAAUUCCAUUUUCCCUGCCAAGUUCAUAGUCAGUUU